AUGAACUUUGAUAUUCUGAUCACCCUUUCCUCGCCACCUACCGUACAAAAGAUUUUGGAGCGGACUGUUGGCAUUCAAAAGGCUCACCCAAAGGUCAAACUCAUAUACGAAAAUAUCCCUACGAAAGCACUCAAACUGUGCCGCAGAAGUCCGACAGGAAAGAUGCGAGCUGGUUUAGACUUUAUUUCCGCCGACUCCAAGCCUGUGGCCAAAUCGACGGUAGUUAUGACCCUAGUGCUCUUGCAAGUCCAUGUGUACUUUUUCGGACGAGUUGAAACCAUAGAUUUCCCGACCCAGCACCCCUCGAACGGACGUAGACACUGCAAGGAGCCAAUACUGAACCGGCAGCUUCCUCUGAAUGACAGAAAGUGCGUACAUGUGGCAUUUGAGGGAGACUCGGCGAAUAUAUUCGUCGUGCCUGGCGUGAAUGGACGAGAAAGCAUCACGAUAGUGGACGCCAGAAAAGCGCUUAAAAUGAAUUGUGGUUACAAGAAUGAGACGUCGUUUGCUAUCGAUGCAACUUUGACUGUAGCUGCAUCAAUUAAAAUGGCCACUCAAACCUUGGCCAUGCCAAAUUCUACUUCGACACCUUCAAUGUCCACCUCAGGGAAGACUGCCCUAGAAGACCGUGGAUCACUGACUUAUUUUGAGGCCCAAACAAAACCCUCGACUAAGAGGAGCGAAGAAUCUCCGCCCUCACACAAAGAUGCUGCUCCACUGACCAAAGCACGACCAGCUCUCAAAGAUACAGCUAAACGGAGCCAUGUCUAUGUCAAUUUGCCGAUGCAACUACCGAUUUUGAACCCCAACCGUCCACUACACUUUAUAACCGAUCAAUCAACUAACAGAGGGAUGCCUAAUACAUCGAGCUGCACGGAAAAUGUGGCUAAACCAAACAGCCAAACGUCCGAUCUAUCGAACGACGGUGAGGUUGUUAAGAGUCAGCAUGUCUCUAGCAGCCUGGAUUCCAACGAAGGGAAGUCAGACAGGUUCUUUUGGUCCCCCAGGUGUCCGCCAGAUGGGGCUGCAGUCUACGACACUUCUCCUACCAAUUCAAGUGUCUCCUCAUCGCCCAUUGUCAAGUCGCAUCCAGGUCUUACGGCACUCAGUGGAACAGGUCAAACGCAAGAACAAGAAGAUUUGGCUGAUCAGAAAAACAAACUACGAAAUCUUAGUUUGGGCAUAGAGGUUGUUUCUGGGAAGUUGACCGACUGUAGGAAGCCACUGAAGCUAUCACUACGACCAUUUUCACCAAGCCUCACAGGGGCACCAUACACUGGAAACAACUCCAGCCCAGAAAAGCUGUCAAGUCAAGAGGAAACCAAGCCAGCAAACAAAUCCCAACUCUACUCAGAUUCGAACUGUCCAGGUACAUCCAGUGGGCCCCUCUGUAGCCAUCCCUCGGCGUCCAGUCCACCUUUGCCACUACCACCUCCGCCCACUCAGUCUCCGAUUCCUUUUCAAACCAAUCCUCCCUACUAUCAUGAGCAUGCACGUGCUGAUGAGUUGUGUUUGAACCCAAAUCGGAAAACCAUGCCCCCUGGAUCAUCCAGUGACAAUGAACCAAUGGCAUUUUCUAAACUAAAUCAAGAAAACGGGUCGAAUUCACCACCUGUUCCUCUACCGCUACCGCCACCGCCACCUCCAAAUAUUGCCCCUGCUGUUCCUCGAAGAGAUCCUAACACUGCACUGCAGCAGACUCCCAAAUCAACACCCAAUACACCCCCACCUCAACCAAUUGUGCCUACCACACAAACUCAAUCCGUUCCACUGGCUCAGAAUUCACCUAUAAGCAGUGUUGAGCUUACUAAUUCCAACACACCAUCAACGUCUAAAGACAGUCCGUCGUCAGUUUCCUGUACGUCCACUCCUACCUCCACCCCGAUGACUGCUAAUGCGGACGCGCCACAGCGGAACCAUCAAAAUCAAGCCCCAUUGGAGACGGAUACACACAGCACGCUGACAGCAUCAUCAAGUUCAUCCAAAUCAACCGCCAAGCAUGUCAUAAGUCGACCGAUCCCACUGAAGGGCAGCCCGGAAACGGAGACCCCAUCUAGCCCGAUAGGUUAUCAUAGACAUAGUAGCCUUCCAAGUCAAACCACCGUGAUGAGCAUCAUAGACGGGCGAACCGUUGUGCCUUGGAAUCCAAAGAGCAAUGAUCCAUCGCUUAAGGCUUCGUUGGCAGCGUCGGGCAGUACUUUGCAAGACGCAGUCACAGCAUCUCUAUUAUCUCAGUCAACUAUUCUGUCAGAUGCCACUCCACAAUGGAUCCCCCCGGAGCAAUCAACGAUUCGACAGCGAUUGCUUACCGGCUGUUCAAACAAAAAGGUUGAAUUUAUCGGUUCAGCGGACGGUGAAUCAGUGCAAAAUCAGGAAUUCUUGAGUCAUUCGACGCAGAGCGUGCAAAGCAAGAGGCCAACCUGCCUGACUGGCAAUGCACAGCAAGCUGCUGCGGCUAGAUCUCGUAACCGCCCGCAGCGCAGUCAGACAGAACACAUGUCCUCACGCUCUGAACGUGACCCUCGAAGGCACCAUACAACCUCUGACAUGGAACCAGUGGGAGAGUUGACUGGACAACGUUCCUCUGGUUCAGUUGGAUUGCAUAUUACCGAAAAACAAGCAUGUCGAGGUGCUGUACCUCCAUCCGAAUUUGAAAUGAUUGGUAGUGUGAGGGAUCAAAAUGAAUGCCAGUCUCUAUCGCCAACUGAAGCUGAAUGGUGGAGAGCUCAACAACGGUCAAAAAUGAUUGCUUUGGCUGAGAGUCACAAUUCAGCUCGGUCUGGCAAAAUCCCCGCUGAUAACCUAUUUCACAGACAGGUCAGUGCAGGACCCACCUUUACAUUAUCGCCCACAAAGCACCAUCCAUUUCCUCAAUCAGAAGUCUUCGUUUCGGGGGCGGAACCCAUGGACUUGCCCAGAACAAGAUUUCUUUCCUCGAAGGAUCAUGAGAUAAAUCAAGCGUCCCAUCGUCGUCAAUUUUUGGAAGACAGCUUUCUAAUUCAUCCAGCCCAAGCUGAGUCUUUGGGUCAUAACAUGCAACUCUCAUACCCGAUGGAACAGAACAUGCAAUAUGUCAAACAAGCACGGCACGUGCCUUUGGAAGCUGACCUACAACGUCCAAGAAGCAUUCCAAACAAAUAUCGCUCGGAUAUGACACAAUCUGUUUUGUCGCCACCUAUUUCUGGAUGGGAGACAAGCGUUGCGGUUCCCAUCGAAAGUAGGCAAGGAUCAUCUUCAUCUGGUCGGCGCAGGCGUGGAAAGAAUGGUAUCCUGCGAUCUCAUAGUCAUCGGACAGUGGAUCAGUUUAAAUCAAGACAAUCGCUGGGUCAGGAGUCACCAGACGAUAUUCAUAAUAAUGCGCUACCCACAAACUACUACCAACGCUGCAUUAGUCAAACCGUUCCUGCCGAAGCAAUAUCUGGAGUCUGGCCUCCGGUGCUUGUCCAGUGGCAUCAUCGUAGACCAGUUGUGUAUCCUCCUGAAGUGUUUGAUGCACAAUCUGAUCAUCAUUGGCGUCCACAGAAUGACAGACGUACGACGACUGGUGGUCGCUCAACUCAUGACUUGUUGCAGAUGGAUGGAAAGAAACGCCUUUUACCGCAUCACCACAGUGCAUCUGCGAUUUUUGACCGCUUGGAUAUGCAACCUUGGUAUCACUUCGAUUUGCCUCGUGCCGCAGCAGAGCGCAUACUCAAAACCAAGCGUGUUGGAAGCUUCCUGGUGCGACAAAGUGAAACAUGUAAAUCGGAAUACUCACUAUCGAUUCGACGUGAAAGUGAUGUGCUGCACAUGAAAAUAUCCAACGACCCGGACACUGGAUUCUACGUUCUGGGCGAGUAUAGUCAACCUUAUCCAAGCGUUUCAGCAAUGAUCUACCGGUACACCAAGUCUCUGCUUCCUGUGCGUGGUUCAACGCCAAUACUGCUUCAAUUCCCGGUUGAACGCCUUUCCCAACACCAGUCCCAAAAACAGAGCUGAGGCCCCAGCAUUUUUACCAAAAAAUUUAUCCGGUGUCUAGGGAUGUUCACCAGUAUGAUCCCAUCAACGCAUUUCAGUUUACUAUUCAUUCGCCAUUUAAGCUUACCGAUGAAGCUUUCCAAACAAACCGACAAUCAUGCUAGACAUCUUAGGCCAUUCAAUCCGGGUAUUUUAUUUUGGCCGUUAUUUUACACUAUUGAUUUGGUAAUCAGUAGUGUAGGUACACAUGAAUAUGUACGAAUUACCCGUACCCGCAUAAGAGUAAAGUUGGCGAAAUGGCCAGUCAAACACCUAUAUGUUGUAUUUCUCAGUCUUCAACCGGUCUGUAUAAUUUUUUUAUUUCUUCAGAAAUCAUUUAACCUCAUAUAUUCGAGACUCCUAAUUUACAUUUGUGCAGUACAUAACAUGUUGUUGCAGCUAGACCUUACACAAGCAGCAGUAUUUCAAAAUCACAUUAACCUUGUUUCACAAAUGCAGCAGCACAUAUCACGUGGUUUCUCCAUGAAAAUCGGUCUACCUGCCUACAGAUUGAUUAGACACACCCAUUCGCAAGCGGAUGGUUUUCACGUGCCCUGAUUGCAAAUUCUCUUACAUGUCUAAGUCGUCGUGCUAUCCGAAACGGAUUCCUUCUCCAACAAAGGCUGAUUCAUUGGGAGCACGCUCAUAGACAGCACACGUAAGCGUUUCUUGCAGAUCAGAAUAUGGAUUCACACUCAACGCGCUGGUCCUGAGAGCACCCUGGGUUAAAGGAUCGAGG